GCACUUCUGGGCAUGAGCCCGUUGCCCCAGGGAGCAGGGAGAGGUUGCCUUGCUCAUGUGCACCCACAAAAAGCCCCGCAGGGCACUGGGGGGAGGGGUAGCCCGCCCCUCCUGAAGCUGGAGCCGUCAGCAGAAGGAUGCGGUGUUCGGAGGACCACGAUUCGGCUGCAGUGCCUUGGGUUGAGCAUCUGGGCACCUGGCGGUGAUCUCCGAUUGACCCAUCGCUGCUGGCCGUUCGCGCCAUGUUCGGCUCAUCCCGCGGAGGUGUGAGGGGGGGACAGGACCAGUUCAACUGGGAGGAUGUGAAGACGGAUAAGCAGCGGGAGAACUAUCUGGGGAAUUCCCUCAUGGCUCCGGUGGGAAGGUGGCAGAAGGGGAAGGACCUCACAUGGUAUGCGAAGGGGAAGAAGGAGGGCGUGCAGAUGUCCCGGGAAGAAGAGUUGGCUGCCGUCCGGCUGGCCGAACAGGAGGCCAUGAUGGCAGCACUAGGCUACAAGAAUAUGAAGAGACACCCCACCGGCCUGAGCAAAGAGGACCUGGCCGAGGUCUGUAAGCGCGACGGAGUGGAACAUGAGGAUAAGGAUGUGGAUCGUGUGGUGGGGCUGGGGAGCUCAAGUGGCUGUUCCGGCAGAAUGACGCUUUCCAGAGAAGACAAAGAGGCUGCCAAGCUGGGGCUUUCUGUGUUCACGCAUCACAAAGUAACCGAGAAUCCAGAGACUUCCAGCACAAAGAGGAAGCAGGACAAGGAAGAAAAAGCAGAAGAGAAAAGGCCUGAGAGCAGCAAGAAAUCCAAAAAGGAGAAGAAGAAAAAGAAGAAGAAAAAGCAUAAGAAGGAGAAGAAGAAGAAGGAAAAGGAGAAACAUCACAAGAAAGAGACUGCUGCCUCUUCUUCUGCCUCCUCUCCAGACCAUGAGGAGAGGAGGAGGAGGAAAACCCCUUCCCCCAAGGACCAUUCAUCAUCCUCCCAGCGGGCUGGAGCUGGCCGCCGUGACAGUCAUUCAUCACCCAAAGCAGAGGCACAGAGACGGCCCAGCAGGCGACGGCAUGACACAGACUCCUCCAGCAGCCCCCCUCGCCGCCCAGCUCACAGGAGGGGCAGCAGCGACAGCCCCAGCCCCCAUUCACCCCCAGCGAGGAAGAGGAGCAGAAGCAGGACCCCUCCAGCACGCGGCGCCAAGCGGCGGCACGACACCGAUUCAGACGACUGAUUCGGGGCGGGCAGGGGUGGGGGUCCAACACUGCGGUCGCCUUGUUUCACAGGGAUCCUGUCUGGAUAACAGUAAUGAGGCCAGACCUCCAGCUGAUGCAAGCCAGUGCAACUCGGACCUAACUGUGUGACCCCAGGCCUUUGAGUGGCUCUCGAGCUUCCCCAGCUGAGGGUCUGGCCCAGGGAUUUUUAAUGCCUGUCUCUGUUAUCAGUUUGCACCUUUUGGAUGGUGCCAGCAGCUGUUAAAGCACAGAUGCUUUAGCUAGGGCUGCCCUGAUGUGCUCUGCUGGCUAGGGCUUGCAGGGAGGGAAUCGUUCUUUGUUCUGCUUUGGCCCAUUGUAGGCACUUACCCUAGCAAAAAUUCUCCUUUGCUGCUGGGACAGUGCCCACACUGGAAGGAUGGUGCUGGUAACACUUCUAAGGUAGACUAGCUCUUGGGCUAAGACAGAUGAGCUCUUGGCCAAGGAUGUUGCCCUGCUCUGGUCUUUGGCUCACUGACUCUCCUGGGAGAUCCCAGCCAUGCUGGGAUCUUCAAGGGUGACAGAAUCGCAGUCUUAGUUUUGGAAUAUCUAUUUCUUAAUAGCCAACAAAAGGGCUUGUUGGGAAGAGUCUUACUUCCUGUAGGAAGCGUUUGUAGCUUGCCACAUGGGCAAGGCCAUUGGACUGAGAAAGCAGCGGUUUUUGUUCCAUCUGAACGUCCAAGACCCCAGCGGGCUGCAACUGGAACAGCAUGAGCUUUUACACCAAAGGAGUCAUUGCGCACGGGACCCCUAGGAGUGCACAGCAAGAAGUUUAUAGAUGUGGUUUUUAACCUGCUGCUGUGUAUUAAAAUCCCGCAAAUGGCUUCUAAUGAAGAAUUUAGGGGGAGUGCAGGAGCUUUUGUGACUCCAAAGUAAUGCCCCCUAAAUAUAAGGGAACUUUCACCUUUGUUGGAUGAACAGCAUCCCUCUUCCCUCAGGGGUUCCUGGAUAUGAGUUGGGGUCAGGAUGCGUCUCCAGAACUGCGCCCCAAUUCGAGGCUGGCGUCACUUGCAUGGGUCUGUUGACUUUCAGGAAGCCAUGCCCACAUCACAUAGAGGAGGGCAUUUUCUGCUGAAUCCAUGCCAGGGCAGAAGUUCCCAGCUGUAGGCUGAACUAGCUGCGGCUGUAACAAUAUACCUAUGGCCCUAGAUAUGUUGCCUGUGCACUGCCUCUUUGGGCACACAUGCUGUGCCAUUCUGCUAACAGUUAGAUGGGUCAAGACAUUGUCAAGCUUGGCUGUGUUGGAAAACUAUGGAAGGGUUUGAAUGGAGCUGGAAAUCUCCGGCCCAUUUGCAUCGCAAAGCUGACAGUGCCAAGGUGUCCCUGUUACGAGCCUCAACAGCAACCGAGCACUGAGCCUCUCUAGGACUGAAGGCCCACUCUGAACGGAGUCGUGCUGGUGGGACAGGGAAAAUGUGGAGGUGUGGGGUAGUUAAGAGGCCGAGGGAACGCAGUGCAUUUCCAUGGCAUGCUCUCUGUUUUGCUUGGACGGAGCAGAUGCAACUGCAGUGCUGGGAACUAUCCUAGGUCUGGUCUCAUAUACCUUGCUGUUGCAGAACAGGGUUUUCCAGCACAGGGACUGAGCAUCUGAGCUGCUGUUUCCCUCGUAGCAAAUGGUUGCAGAUCUGUUCUCAUGCUGGCUGUAAAGGGGGAAUGUGGAUGCCUGCUCUCAGCUGUAUGUCAUGCAUCAAAGGGCUGGGAAUCCAAGGUUUGGUGGGGUUAAUAACUGGGAUUGGAUGGUGGUGGGAAGAACCAACCAAGAUGCGCUGGGGAUGGACUUGUACCCUUGGCCCUUUCCUCGACAUGCAAUUACAGCCAGGUCAGCAGAGCUGGUGGGAAGGCAGCUCGUUCUUCCAUCUGGUCUGAAUGUGUAGUGUGCAGGGCACCCGACCCUUUCCUUACAAUAGGCAGCCCCCUACCCUGAGGGGAUGUGUAGCCUAGAGGAGACUGGCCCAAGGCCGCACAGCAGCUCAGUGGCAGAGACUGGAUUACAAUCAAGAUGGGGUUAGACUCGCAUCUGGUGCCUUAAGCCUGAGAUUGUGCUGCCUCCGCAGUGUGGAAGCAUGGCCUGGGUGAGCAUGGAUGUGGUUCCCUAAUGAAAAGGCCCCUGUCCUUUUUGUUUUUUCUUGCAACCUGAGUUACUCUUGGGGCCACUGCAACGUAGCCAGAAGUGCCAGCAGGAAGGCGGUGGCAGCAUGCAGGAUGCCUGGUAGGCAGGUGUCUGCUGCUCUCCAGCUCUCAUCACAUUGCCCCUGUUACUACCCUAAGCAAGGUCAGCAAGGAGGCGAGUCCCCAUGACCUGUAUGUUACUUGAGCUUUUGCAUUGCCAGAAAAGUGGGGGAGGGUCCCUGCUUGAAGUACCUUGGCAGGGCAUUGUUUUGGGAAUGGUAAGAGCUUGUGCAGCCACUGCCCAUGUUCUCUCUGUCUGGUUAUUUUCUGUCAUUCAUGCCAAAUUCACCUUGUCUAGGGUGUGGCAUUCAAACUUGCCUGCCACGGCUGUCUGGAGUUGGACCGGGGAGACGUGUCCCUGCCCUGAUCUUCUAUCCAGCAGGGAAGUGCCGCAGGAUGAAACCCUGGGGCCAGAGCACUAGGCAGAGACAGGGAACGCGCAGCUCCGGUUUUUCAGGUUUUAUGGUAGGUAGGAUGAAUUACGACUGCAGAAGGAAGCCAAGCUGACACCUAGCCUUUGAAACAAGCCAGUGAUUCAGCUGCAAAAUCACCAGGGCAGGUGCCUCUCGGGCUUUGCUUGUCAUUAUAUGUAGGUUAUGCCAACCGUCUGGCUCUUGCUUUGCACGGCUUGUUUUGGAUAACUGGGCCAAAAUUCCCCCAGGAGCCUGCUGUUGUUUCAGACACCCUGUUUGUGCGACAUUCAAAUCUAGCAUUUUUUUUUCUUCCUUACAAUGAGUUCAGUGCUAAGGAAAGUGCAGCAGUCACGGCUCCUUCUGCUUGUGCACCAGACAGGCAUGUAGAGAGUAGCAAUAGUCUAUAGGAGGAAGAAAACUUGUUCAAUUCAUGGUGAGAUUUCUUGGAGCUGGUCAAGGUACAGGACCAGUAAGUGAUAAUGGGGCUGUUCGGUUUGUUUUUAGGGGGUUUUUUUUCUCCUCCAUAGCUUUUAAAGGCCACAAUGAACAUGCAGCCUAACUCUAGCAAUUCAGGGUGUCAGGGAUGUGGUUUCUUGUCCACUUUAGUGUCAUGUUGCACUGCAGAUCCUUGUUAAAAGUGGCAAUUACAGCUACAGCCAGACUUCUGCAAAGUGAGUACCAGCUUUGCCUGUGUGCCAAGGGCUGUGUGCUUGUCUACAACCCUAAAGUGCAAAGACAUAGCUACAGCCUGGGUAAGGGUACUGGACAUAUUUAAAUGGCAAGCUGGGCUGAGGGCCAGAUCCAGUAACCUUGAUGGCACUUUUAGGGACCUGUCCACCUCUGCUUGGAAUUGAGAGUCCCCAAAAUAGCCUGCAGGAACCAGGGAGAUGCCUCAAGCCGGCAUUCGUAGCAUGCAGCUGCCUGUAGGAACUGCUGAAAGUAGGGGCGAGUCUUAAAUUGCCACCCAUCAGGUGCAUUUACUGCAAGGAGAUGCCUCAUUCCUCGGGGGGCCGCAGGCCUGAGCGCUCUCUCCUGGUGCUUGGCAUCUGCAUGCUUGGUAAGCAGAGCUGCCCGUCUUGUUUUUGAAGGAUGGCCAGUGCUGCUGCUGUCCUUGCCACCUCUGCCACUUGGAGAGUAGCCAAGUGCUUGCACCCAGGAUGGGGGAGGCUUGGGCUUAAUGCCUCUUCCUCUGCCUGGGGUAGUCCACACCCAGGCCUCCUAUUUCUCAGGAAGGUCCUUACCACUGGAUCAGGGGCUGUUUUAACUGGAACUGCUUUUCCUGUUAGAGCCAGCCUGCUGGGCAGGACAGAGUGCAAGAUGUAGGGGCCAGAGGAAGCAGAGGAGGGAGCCUGGCUGUAGCCUAGACUAGAGGCUUGCACACUUGGUUGGAAUGGGUCUAGAUUACAGUCCGUGUUCCCAUAAAAUCAUAGAAAAUGAGGGUUGGAAGGGACCUCAUCAUCUAGUGUAACCCCCUGCUCAAAGCAGGACCAGCCCCAACUACCUCACCCCAGCCAAAGUUUUGUCUAGCCGGGUCUUAAAA